ACGAAUCACGACAGAAAGAGAAGAACAUUUCCAUGCGGAAUGGAACCGUGAACCAUCUGUAAAUCAAAGAAACUUUUGAAAUAUAGUUGGUUCUUUAGACAUGAUGUCUGGACAGGCGGGGUUUAAGAUCAAUUCAAAAUUUGCAGAGAAAUAUGACAAGUAUAGACAAAAGGAGGAACUGCAAAAGCUGAAAGACCGCUUCGGAGAUGAAGAGGAGCAUGGCAGUGACACAUCGGACUCGUCUUCCGAUGAAGACAGUGAAGUGGAGCUUGAUCCCAAGUUAGAGAGGGAUUUCUAUAGAACUCUCUCAUUGCUGAAGAAGAAAGAUCCUAAAAUUUAUCAGGAGGAUGCAACAUUUUUCGCAGGAGAAGGAACCGGGUCCAACAGUGAUGAUGAGGAGCCGUCCACAUCUAAGGCAGCUGUAAAGCCAAUGUACUUGCGGGACUACGAGCGCAAAGUUAUCCUGGAAAAGGGAGGGAAAUAUGAAGAUGAAGAUGACAGUGAGAAUGAGGAGGCUUCAAGGCUAAUGCAAGAGAGAGCUGCAUCGCCUAGUUACAUGCAGGAACAGAAGGAUAUAAAAGCCAGUUUUCGCAAAUUCAUGCAGGACAGCGAUGAAGGCAGUGAUGAUGAUGAUGGCAUGUUAUUGAAGAGAAGGGUCAAAACCCAAGAGGAGAAGGACCAUGAGGAGGCAGACUACGUGGAGUGGCUAAAGGGGCAGGCUGACCUGGAGGGAAAGGAGGAAGUUCAGGACAUGUCGUACCUUAAGGAGUACUGGAAUGACCCCCAGCUGGAUGAGAAGGAGUGCUUCCUGCGGGACUAUGUCCUCAACAAGGGCUACCUGGACGCUGAUGAUGAAGAUAGGAUACCUACCUAUGAAGAGUUGGUCCAAGAUGAUGUGGAGGAUUCUGAGGAAGAAGGAGACUCUUUCCUUAAGAAGCAGGAAGACUUUGAGAGGAAAUACAAUUUCCGGUUUGAGGAGCCAGAUUCUAUAAAGGUGAAAACAUACCCUCGAAACAUCGCCACAUCUGUCCGUACGAAAGAUGAGCGGAGGAAACGCAAAAGAGAGGAGAUCAAAGACAGAAAGACAAAAGAGAAGGAGCAGAAGAGGGAGCAGCUGAAGCAGCUGAAGAACCUGAAGAGGGGCGAGAUCAUGGAGAAGCUGAAGCAGCUGCAGGAGGUGACGGGCAACGAGGAGCUGGCCUUCAGCCAGCACGACCUGGAGGGAGAGUUCAACCCGCAGCAGCACGACCAGCUCAUGGAGAAAUUCUUCGGUGAUCAGUAUUAUGGGCUGGAUGAGGAUGAGAAGCCUCAGUUUGAUGAUGAGGAACUGGAGGAUGGCCAUUGGAAUUGGGACACCUGGACAGGAGAGGGCGAUGAAGGCGCCGGUAAAGAGGAAGAGGAGGAGGAGGAGGAGGAGGAGUAUGGCAAUGAGAAGCCUGAAAACUAUGAGCCAACCUGUGAAGAUCCUGAUUUCAUUAUGGAUGCGGACUAUGACCCCAGCCAGCAGCCUGCCAAGAAGAAGAAGAAGAAGAAGGAGCGAGAGGAGAAGAAGAAGCAGCAGAAGCUCUCCAAAGAUGAUCUCCUGAUGGGCAAGAAGAGGAAGGUGUCCCACUUCGCUGAGGUUAUCUCCAAAGACAAGCCUGUGUUUGAUCCAAAGGAUAAGUCUUUUGAACAGUACCUUGAUGAAUACUACCGCUUGGACUAUGAGGACAUCAUAGAUGACCAACCCUGCAGGUUCCGCUAUAGGGAAGUGGUCGCUAAUGACUUCGGCCUGAGUACUGAUGAGAUCCUGACAGCAGAUGAGAAAGAGCUGAACCGCUGGUGCUCUCUGAAGAAGACCUGCAUGUACAGGCCCGAAAAAGAUGAGUUGUGCGAUGUGAAGAAUUACCAGGUCAAGGCCCAAGAUUUGAGGAAGAAGAAGCAGGUCUUUGUCUCCCUUUAUUCCGAGGAAGAGAAAGAGGAGGCUAAGGGAAAAGUUGGGAAGAAGAGGAGAGAUCGGAUGAAGAAUGCUGAACAGAGGCAGAAGGUGGUGGAGGAGGAAGGGGAGGAGGAAGAGGAUGCUGGGUGUAGUCACACAGUAGCCGACACCACUGAGGGAUCCAUCCUCAAAGCCUUAGCAGAGAUGAAGGCUGAGGAAGAGGAGGAGGAAGAAGAGUUCCUGGUCCCCAAAAAGAAGAAGCCCAAUCAGCAGGAGCAUAAGGAGGUAGCGGGGGCAGAGGCUGCCGGCGAAGACGCAACCAAACCCAAAGUGGACAAGCAGAAUUGGCCUAGGAAAAAGCCCAGGCACCCAGGUGGACGGCUACUCUCCAGGUCCUUCAAGGUCAAACUGGGCGGCAGGGAGUUUAGCAGGCAGAGACUGAGGGCGUACGGACUUAACCCCAAGAAAGUGCACUACAGGGAACUUUACAGGCAGAAACGAAUACAGCAAGAAAAACGGCAGAACAAGCAGAAGACCCCGAAAAGCGAGUAAAGCAGUCGCCAUUUUUAGCAACAUGCUGCCCGGGUUGGUUUUUUGAAGUUGUCAUGGAACCCGGCCGCAGUUAGAAGGUUUAACUUCCUCCACAUGCCUUACCAAAACAUUUACAUUCGCAUGACGAUUUAAUCUUUUCAUCAUGUCUGCAGUGCUGAUGAUGUUGGGAUGGGGAGGGGGGGGGACGGGGGGGUGAGUUUCCCUGCUUUGGCGACAGUGUACUUUACAGCUUUGUUGUUCAGUUUACUGGCAGACCCAUCCUGGGGCGAUUAGAGGAGAGCUGAAUCCGCCAGUGUUCCCACACUUCACCCACUGAAGUUCAUGUGGAUUUAAUUCCCAAUUCAUGUCUCUCUCCCUUUGUUUGUGUGUGUCUCUCCCCAGCCCCGGUCCGUUUGUAUAUAAAGAAUAAAAGAACAGUUGAGGCUUUUGAUUUCA